AUGCCGAGAAGUCGUACAAUCCUCACCGCCGUCUUGGCGGCGUCCGGGGCAUGGGCAAUUACGCCCGAACAGAUGCUUGCAGCCAACCGCUACUCAGAUGCGGUUCCGAACCCGGCCGGAGACUUUGCAAUUUUUAGUGUAACAAAUUACUCCUUUGAGACCAAGGAGAUAGCUUCAGCGUGGAAGCGCCUCGACUUGAAGACUGGAGACAUUUCCAUCUGGCCGGCCAGAGACGAGCUCUCAGAAUUCGUCUUUGUUGGCGACACUGAGAUUCUCUACGUCAAUGGCACCAAUGAGGAAGGAGAUGGUGGUGUCAGUCUCUACACUGCCGAUGUUGACAAUCUGGAGAGCGCCACCCUUGUUGCUUCUCUUCCUGCUCCAUUCUCUGGCCUCAAAGCGGCAAAGACUUCCUCAGGAGACAUUCAUUUUCUACUCUCUGCUCAGGCAUAUCCCAACGGCACGGCAUACAAUGAAGCCCUCGCCGAGACACCAGCCAGCACAGCCAGGAUCUACACGUCAAUCUUUGUGCGGCAUUGGGACCAUUGGCUGACGCCUUACAAAAAUGCCGUCUUUGGUGGUGUGCUCCAAGGCGGCCUGAACGCCUCGACGUACACCUUUGAUGGUGUGCUUACCAACUAUGUAACGGGCAUCGCCAAUGUCACAUCGGCCGAGAGUCCUCUGGACAACAGCGGGUCCGGCGACUAUGCCCUCUCCCCCGACGGGACCAAGGUGGCUUUCCUUACCAAGGAUAUUGACCUCCCAAUAGCCAACUAUACCAGCAGUCAGAUCUAUCUCGUGUCAUUCUCAGGAUCUGCCGAAGAUGCCGUGCCCAUCAAUGCUCGCGGUAGCACACAGUAUCCCGAGGCACAAGGAGCUUCUUCAGGCCCCGUCUUUUCGCCUGGAAGUGACAAGAUCGCCUACGUGCAGCAGAAUGGUAUUUACUAUGAAUCGGACCGCGAAAUCCUCUACGUUGCCAAUACCGAUGGUUCCGACUUCAACGUAACUCGCUUGGCCGGUAACUGGGAUCGCUCACCAGAUACCCCAAUCUGGUCCAAGGAUGGCGAGACAAUAAUCGUUGAAGCCAGCGAUCUCGGACGAACCCGACUGUUUCCUAUUCCCUUGAGCGCAGGUGAUGAUUACGAGCCGGCAAACAUCACUAACGAGGGUUCGGUGGUUGCUUAUUAUGCCAUUUCCGACGACACUCUACUUGUGUCAGACGCCUCGAUUUGGAGCAGCAGAGACUUUUAUAGUGUGAGUCUCAGUGGUGAAGUCGACACGGUCUACUUCCAGGCCAAUCUCGUCGACCCAGAGCUCGCCGGGCUUUCGGCUGCCGACGUCUCAGAGUUCUAUUAUGAGACCAACACAAGUGUCUCCAAGCAGCAAGCUUGGAUUAUCUACCCAGCUGGAUUUGACGCUUCCAAGAAAUACCCGCUCGCCUUUAUCACCCACGGUGGACCGCAGGGCUCAAACGCCAACACUUGGAGCACAAGAUGGAACUUGAAGGUCUGGGCAGAUCAGGGAUACGUUGUCGUGGCGCCGAACCCGUCCGCCAGUAUUGGUUGGGGCCAGAAUCUCACGGACGCCGUGCAGAGUCGCUGGGGAACGUACCCGUACUGGGACAUCGUACACGCCUGGAAAUAUGUCAAUGAGACGCUCGACUAUGUAGACACAGUCAACGGGAUACACGCGGGCGCAUCUUUUGGUGGCUACAUGAGCAAUUGGGUCCAAGGUCACGAGAUGGGACGCUGGUUCAAGGCCAUCGUCACUCAUGAUGGCAGCACCUCAACGCUCAACCAGUACGCUUCCGAGGAGUUGUGGUUCAUGGACCAUGACUUUAAGCGACCGUUUUCCUCUCCAGAGGAUUUCCAAGCGGGCAGCCCCUACUAUGACUGGAACCCGCUGCUCUUUGCGGACCAGUGGGCGACGCCACACUUUGUGGUGCAGAACACACUCGACUACAGACUGCCCGAGAGCGAGGGUAUCCUGCUUUUCAACGAGCUGCAGGUCAGGGGUGUGCCUAGCAAGUUUCUCAACUUCCCGGAUGAGAACCACUGGGUGACGAACCGCGAGAACAGCUUGGUCUGGCACACGGAGAUCUUCAAGUGGAUCAACUACUACAGCGGGCUUAGCGACGCUGACAGUCCCUACUGA